CGGUUCUUGUGAGGGAGUCACUGUCCUCAUUGUUUUGAAUUGACGGUCUCUCAGCCCUCAAAGCGUCCUGGAGAAGGAGGGUAACGGAGACUCGGAGCGUGAGGCCACGAUGGAGGAGUGCGCGCAGGCCCUGGAGUGGGACAGUGACGAGACCGUGGUGGGGGGGUCGAUGACGGAGAGCGAGCCCGAGGAAGAGGAGCUGCCCUGGAGAAGGUUGCUCUGUGGUGAAGACACGUCGCGUAGAGGUCUGCUUUCUCCUGAGAUUCCCCUUGGAUUCAAACACUGCAAGGGUCCACAGACACAAGUGGAUGAAAGCGUGCUGAUGCCCGUUCCUGGAGCGGGUACGCCCUCACAGGUGUGGAGCGUGUUGACCAAGUACGGUUAUUACCAACUGCAAGUGUUGUCUUGGACUCCACAGGAACUGAGUGAAGAAAGAGAUUUCCCAGAGAGGAGCUUCUUUUCCAGUGCUGCUACUGUGGUUCCGGGGACUGAAAGGGAGUCAGUGGUAGAGCUGGAGGUGUCAGCGACAUCAGACACACUCGCUGAGCUGGGAAAUGAAGUCGCACUGACCGUGGCUGGCGAGGAAAUCUGCGAUGAAGAGAGCUCUCUGGAAACUUUUGUGUCUGCCUUAGAGAGACAGAUAACCUCACCAGGAAAUGCCUGUGAGGAGAGGCUGAGUGACAUGAAGAACAGCUCUGACCCAGGGAUGUUAAAGAGCCUGUUGAGUCCUGUACUGACACCUCUGGUUGCCAUGGUGGUGUGUGGAGGAGAUUUCGUGCCUGACACUGGGGAGCUAGUCUCACCAGCUGAGCCGCCAUUGACCCUGAGCCCAUUUUCAGGAGCUGGGAUGGGGCCCGUCUGUCCCAGCGCUAGGAAUGAGGCCUUGGAAAUGGAACCUGAAGCAGACUGCACACAGAUUGCAGGCAUGGCUUCCAAGCAAGGUUCUGAGUUAGCUGAUCUGCAGGACAGACGGCUGUCAGCAGAGGAAACUCUGGAAGACCCAGAUCCGAUUGGAUUGCAGCGUUUUGCCCACCAGAAUGUCACCUCCUGUGAGCUGCUGAGUGAUAAGGGAACUCCAGCUUCAGUGGAAAACAGCUGUGAGCAGGGAAGUGCACGUGUGCUGAGGAGAUCCUGCAGAGUGGGGAGGCUGAAAGGCAGCAUGAGCGCACAGCCCUCAGAUGACGUUUUACCAAAAGUGCUGGGUGUCGAAGAUCUGACAGGACAGUGUUCAGCUGGCACUCUCAGUUACUUCCCAAGGAAGCAGGCUGCUUUAGGGGUUAAAGGUCAGCAGAAGGAGACUCCUGCAUUGCGAUCCAAGAGCACACAGAUCAGGAAGCGUGGACAACACAGAGUGGAAAAGGGAAGAAGAAAGAAAUAUGAUGUAACUCUUUCUAGCAUUAAUAGGAGAAAUGUUUUUGGGGAGAAUUUACUAUAUCAAGCUGUUCUACACAAUGAUGUGGAUCUUGUUCAUCAUUUUAUUAAAAAAGGUGCCAAUGUUAAUCAGCCAAGUUAUGCUGGUUGGACAGCACUCCACGAAGCUAGUAUGGGAGGAUUUUACAAGAUGGCAUAUGAACUGUUAAAAGGUGGAGCUGAUGUGAAUAUCAGGGGAGCGUACCAGAUCACUCCUCUACAAGAUGCUGUGAUAAAUGGACAUUACAAGGUGGCAGAGCUGCUGUUGAUGAAUGGAGCCAACCCCUUACUUAUGAGUAACAAUGGGAAGUCAGCUUUAGAUGAGGCCAGUGAUGUACACAUGAAGCAACUCCUGGAGAGAUAUAUUUCUAGACGCAAGAGAUACCUUAUGUCAGCUAUCAGGAGUGACUCUGACCCAGUAGCUGUAGAGGACAUAUGCCAGUGCAAGAGACCAAAAUUCAGUUGUAGAAGUUGUGAAAAUUUCAAUGGACAGAAGUCAGAAUAUACAGAAGUCAAUAAAAGAAGUAAAGAGGAUUUACAUGUAAAUGAAAAUUAUGUGUAUGCAAAUGACCACAAAUGGUUUGGUAAGCCCAAGUACAGGCAGUCAGCUUGCAGCCAAGUGGACUGUGGAGGACUCAGGGAGAGCACUGUUUCUAACGUCAGAGAUUCCAGCACAGACACAUUUAAAGGCAAAGGAAGAGAAGACAGUCAGCACGAAGGGACUCAAGCAGGGGCCAGGGACUGCCAUUCAAGGAAGGCACUGGCUGUGUCUCAGUCCAGCGGAGUGCAGGCAUUGGUUAUUCACCAGCAGCAUGGGCUCCACGGCCACGAAGACCCUGACAGCCCUGAGGACCCUAACAGCCAUGUGGGCCCUUUCUGCCUUCCAGAAGAGCUACCAGAACCCUCCAUUUCAGCAGCGUCACGCCUGAAAACUGGCAUAGGUAACAAUAUGGAAGCUGACUCCUUUUCAAAAGAGACACACACCCAGAACCUGGAUUUACCAAAUAGUCAAGAAACCCAGCUCUUGGACUUAAGGCCCAUUGACCAAACUGCAGCUGUUUCUUUCUCAGCACUUGUACUAGACAGAGAAAUUGAGCUGCCAUUUGUUGAUACAGAUCCACAGCCACCUGCUCACCAAAAGCAACACAGUAGCCCUUCUCAGACUCAAGGAAAGGAGAACUCAGGUCACAGGAAUGAGAGCCUUAACAGGUGGGAAAAUUCUUUCUUAUCGUUUAUAAAGGGAACUUCUGAUGUUGGUGCUGGUGCUGGUGGUGCUGGCCGUGAUAGCUGCACCUCAGAGAAGACUGUAACAGCUGAAAACAUAUGUUCUACAGAUGGAAAAAGCCAGUAUACAUGUAAGACUACAAUAAAUGAAGAAGAAUUGGAUUUUCGACCACUUCUACUUUCUGCAGACAAUUUUUCACAGGGAAAUGAAUUAAGCACAGACAAUCUAAUCACACUUCCAACACAGGAAGCUGCUAAUUUUUCUGAUUCAGAUAUUACAGUCAUUUCUGGGCAGUAUAUUGCAAAUCAUAGAAUUUCUCUUGAUCACUCAUACAGCAAUCCUGAGCAAGAAUCCAUGCCUUGUGUAAGAACAGAUGACGUUUCAGAGGUGGUCAGUCAUGUGGAGCCGUUUCGAGAGCCUCCAAACCACAGCCAAGGAACACCAGAGCUUCUAACGAGUCAGGCAGUUACACUUGUGGAAAAGGUAGAAAACAAUCAGGGUGCUCAAAGAAAUCACACUGACAGUGGUCAAAAUGUAGGUUCUUCAAGUGGGCCUUUUUCUGCAGUCAUUUCUUUUCAAGGAAUAGGAACAACUGAAGUUGAAAGACCGAGACCAGGUCUUCUAGAAAAUGAGGCUAUAUGUGGUACAGAUUUCCAUUCAAAUGACGAUGUGAAUGAAGAAUUGACUCAUGUCCCACAACUUAGGCCAAGAGAACAGAAGGAAAAUUUUCACACACCAGGUGGGGAAUUAACUAAUAAUGGAGAUGAAAGUGUCAUAAAAAAUUGCAAGAAGAAAAAAGAGAAAGCCAGUUCAGAAACACACAUGCCUACCAACGGCCAGGAACGCAGGAAGCUUCAGAAUUCCAGAACAAGACAAAAAUUUUUGAAAAUUACCUGCAAGCAAGAAAAGAAAGCAUCUGUGAUCAGUAAGAGGAAUGCGCGAGGGGAGAGUCGGCUGCACGCGGCUGCCAAGAGGGGGAAUGUGUCCCUGGUGAAAGCUCUCAUCGACUCUGGAGCAGAUGUGAAUCUACAAGACUAUGCAGGUUGGACACCACUUCAUGAGGCAUCAAAUACAGGGUCCAGUGAUGUAAUUACUGAGUUGUUAAAUGCUGGUGCUCAUGUUAAUUGUGGAAAUAUGGAUGGAAUUCUGCCCUUACAUGAUGCUGUUGCAAACAAUCACUUAAAGGCUGCUGAGAUUCUACUGCAACACGGAGCAGACCCGAAUCAGAAACAUCAGCAGCAGAAGACAGCUUUAGAUGAAGCGCACGAUGAAAGAAUGAGAGGGCUGCUAAAAGCCUAUGGUGCUGUUGAGUCCGAGAGUAGAAAUGACAGCAAUGCUGCAAGCACAGCAAAAACUCCUCGUGUUCGGUCAAGAAAGAGUAAAGGCUUUUUCUGUGAUGACCACACUGUUGACCCACCUUGCCCUGCAAACCAAGGAGAAUCCAGGGAAAAUCUUCCAUUGCAACAGACUGUCAGCGCCAUUCUACAAGACAUCAGGGAGAAACAAGCAAUGUUACUGGAGUUUGAAAUCAGAAACCGUGACGACGCAGAACAAUACAUUGAGAAGAUGCUGGAGAUCAAAGAGGUUAUGGAUAAUGUGCUUGCAAAACAGAAAGCAGAAAGAGAUGAUCUUGCUAAAAAAUACAGGGUAUCCAUAGAGUCAUUUAAACAGGGAGUUCUGAGAGAACAGCUGACCAACUUGGCCACGAGACAGAAGGACCUCUUAGCUGUGGCCAGAAAACAGAAAGAAAUAAGCCUGAAAAUUCAAAACUGUAAGAACAGUGCCUUGCUGCCUGGUUUUGGUGUAAGGAAACCGACCUCAGAAAUCUCCAGUGAGGGGGAUCUCCAGCAGGUUACCAGUCUGGAAAAUUCUGUGUGGCCCCAGUCAGCUGCCCCCUGUCCUGAUACUCUUGAAACUUGGAGUGGCAGCCAGAACACCAGUUUGUGUGCAGAGGUGGAGGUGAGGAGCAGAGAAAACGUGUUUGAAAACAAGGCAACUGCUGAGCAGGAUUCCAGUGACCGAGUUUUGGAUGGGUUAGUGAAGUCCAGAUAUCCCAACAGCCCUGAGAAGACUAAGCCAUCGUCCCAACCUACUGCUGCUGCAGGUGUGAAAUCUUCAUACAGAGAGGACAAUUUCACAGAGACUUCUGCUGACGGGCGUGGAUGCUGCAGGCCCUCUGCAGAACCCACAGAUGUCCGUCCACUCACUGCUACGUCAGGUGAAGACCUUUCUGUUGACAGUCUGCAGCAACGAAACAGGAAAGUUGCCUCCCAGCAGCACCCAAGAGUGGUCCCCAAGUGCCCCACACAGCAGGGUGCUGUCCUCUCAGGCAGCCAUGCUGUGCACCCAGCAGGUCCAUCUGGUAAGCCAGCACUUGCAACUCAGCACUCCAACGACAGCUGUAGCCACGCCUCCUCUUCUGGGGCUGGUCAACAGGAAGUCAUCAGAAAGCCAUUCCAUCACAGCACAAUUCCCAAAAAGAAAUGUAUGCAGAUAAAAGACCUGAUGUCUCUAGGAAGGAUUCAUCCAGGGGUUAACAUUCUGGAAUUCAAAACGCAGGAGACUACCCACAAAGCCAGCAUUUUAGUGAAUGGUAAAAUUAAAGUUGAAAGUGGUCAGAUUUAUCAAAACCCCGUUAGCUGGAUCAAGGAUCUUGUGGGAGGUGACAGUUAUGUGACCUGGAAUUACGCUUGGAGCAAGGUAACGUAUCUGGGGAAGCAGCUUCUGAAGUAUGCUUCUGAGGAAGUGCCUUCGCCUCCAAGCCCAUGCCACCCACACCUGCCAGGUGGACAUGCCCACAUCUCACAGGCUCUAACAGAAUCUGAGAUGGACUCAACAAAUGGAACUUCCAGAGAGUCAACACAAAGCAUACCAUGUUAUCUACAAAUAAAUGAAAUAUUAUUAAUCAGUGACCAAGAAUUUCUGCCAUGCAAUGUAAUGAAUCAGCAUUGGAAGUUCUAUGCUGAGUGUGAGGAACUGACGUUUUAGUUUUAAGCCUGUCUUCUUAGGCAUUUAUUAAGUAUCUGUUCAUAUUAUCAUCCAACAUUUGUAUUUUAUCUGAUGUGGCUGGUGGGCAUAUUUUAGCAUAGCUAUAUGACAAUGUGUGUUUACUGUUUAAGGCUUUUUCCUUGCUGAAAUAAAGAUUUUUGAAUGCUCUUGUUAACCCUCAUAGACUUCAAGCCGACCUCUCGGUCAGGAGCUUUGUGGGUAGCCAGGAUAGUUACCAUCCAUCUGUGGAGGCCCAGAAAAAUCCAUAUCAAACAAGAACUGAAGGCUGGGUACUUUCCGAAACAAAAAUGUGAUUUUAGUUCCUACACUUGCUGUGAGUCGGACUGCAGCUCAGUGUUGCUGUGGGAGUGGAUUCUGUCCGGUUAGAUCACCUCACUGUGAACAGCCGCCUGUGAAGAGACGCAUCCAGAGCU